AAGUCAACCCUAUCCCUUUUUUCCAAUAAUUCGUACCAUUCAUAGCCUACAAAUUUGAAUUGAUCAGAACAGUGGAAUCAGUCAAAAGCUCAACUCAACUUCAUGCCGAGUCUAGUUCCCUCUUCAAAUCUAAAGAAAAUGAAACUUGCCAAGAAAAAAACCAUUCAUUUCUAGACAACAAGGUUAUCCAAAUAUUUUUGCUUCAAUGUCAAGAUCAAAUCUUUUUUUCUCUGUGAUCCCGACCCUUGUUUCUGUUGUUGUUCUUGUUCUUGUUCUUGAAUUAUCCACCAAACUAUGCAAUGCCCAGAUGAACCAUAUCUGUCCACCUUCUUCUUGCGGCCAAAUCCACAACAUUUCUUACCCUCUAAGAUUAAAAACUGACCCCCAACACUGUGGCUUCCCAUCAUAUGAACUUUCUUGUGAAAACAAUCAAACAGUUUUAUACUUAUACUCCGGAAAAUACUAUGUUCAAGCCAUAGAUUACUCUAAUUCCUCACUUAGAAUAGUUGAUGCUGCUAUAUCUAAAGAUGACUGCUCUUCACUUCCUCAGUUUUCAAUGACUGGCUCUAAUUUCAGCCAUACGGAUCCAUAUACUAAUGUAGAAAGAUGGUGGGAUUAUGAUUAUAACACGACACCGGAGCGUAAUAAGGUUGUAACUUUCUUGAAAUGUGCUAACCCUGUGAAUUCUUUAAUGUAUGUGGACGCUGGGGUUUGUAGGAGUGAGGAGUUUUCUUAUGUUAUUGAUAAUUUUACUAGUGUAGCUGAUGUAGUGAAUUCUUGUAGAAUUGAUUUGAUGGUUUUGUCAGCUGCAGUAGCUAGAGUUGGUAGUAAUGUUUCGGUUCUUGAUGUUCGUAAUGAUUUGGCAUUCGGGUUUCGUAUUUGGUGGGAUCAUAUUACUUAUGUGACUUGUAAAGGAAAGGAAUAUGGAUAUCGGGAUUAUGAGUGGUUCAGGCCUGACUGCUCAGAAGGGUUCACUCUGAGAGAUUUAAUAGACCAAAUCAGAGCGGCCCGCUGGCUCAUCUUGAUGAUUAUUGGAGCGCUUGUUGCGACAAAACACAUCCUCUGCACUCCUUGUGUGUUGGCAUUCUUGGUCUACACAUGGUCGAGGAGGCAUGUAUCAAUGUACGACAGCAUAGAAGAAUUCCUUCAAAAUCAAAAUGACCAGCUUGGUCCAGUAAGGUAUUCUUAUUCAGCUAUUCGGAAAAUGACCAACGGCUUUAAGGAUAAGUUGGGCGAAGGAGGGUACGGUUCUGUAUAUAAAGGAAAGCUUCGCAGUGGCCGUUUUGCAGCAGUAAAGAUAUUAGGCAAGUCAAGCGCAAAUGGCCAAGAUUUUAUCAACGAAGUGGCAUCCAUCGGACAGGUUCACCACAUCAAUGUAGUACAACUGAUUGGUUUUUGUGCCGAGGGAUCAAAACGCGCUCUUGUAUACGAUUUCAUGCCUAAUGGAUCUCUCGAUAAAUAUGUUUUAUCUCGAGAAACGAAUAUCCAUUUGAGUUGGAAAAAGAUGCACGAGGUAGCACUUGGAGUUGCUCGUGGCAUUGAUUAUCUUCACCGAGGCUGUAAGAUACAAAUUUUGCAUUUUGACAUCAAACCUCAUAACAUCCUCCUCGAUGAGAAUUUCGUUCCAAAAGUUUCGGAUUUCGGACUUGCCAAACUCCAGGCAACAAGUGACAGCAAUGUGACACUUACUGCAGCAAGAGGAACAAUUGGAUACAUAGCACCCGAAUUGUUCUACAAAAACAUCGGGGGUGUUUCAUACAAAGCCGAUGUCUAUAGUUUCGGAAUGUUAUUAAUGGAAAUGGUGGGAAAGAAAAACAACUCAAAUGCAGAAGCAGAACAUUCCAGCCAAACAUACUUCCCAAACUGGGUCUACAACGAAAUCAUCGACGGAAAAGUUGAACUCGAAAACGCUACAGAGGACGAAGAAACGUUGGCCAAGAAGAUGAUAACAGUAGCAUUAUGGUGUAUACAAAUGAAGCCUAGUGAUCGUCCUUCAAUGAACAAAGUUGUAAAAAUGCUUGAAGAAGAUUUGGAAAGCUUACCAAUACCUUCUAAGCCUGCUCUUUGGCCAGAACAAACAGUAUGUGAAAAUGAAGAGGAUGAGUAUACAGGUGAUACAUGGUCAUCUUCUAUAUUACCAUCUGCUUCUGAAACAAGUAGUUUACUUACGAAUUCAUAUUGACUCACAUAUCAAAAAUUAUCGAACCACAAAGAACCAUGAAGUGUGUAUUCUAAUCUUCUGUGCAUAUAUACAUAGAAAAAGUUAUAAUUGUAACUGAAGCAUUUUGAGCAAACACUGUAAUACUGUGAUGAUUUUAGUUUAUCUGCAAUCUUUUCAAGCUA